AUGUCUGAACUGCGUAAACGCCAGGAUCCUGGCAAAGUCGCUGAUACGGACCCUCAGAAUGUUCUGCCCCGAAGUACUUCUGUACUGUCUUCUGUGCUGUCUGGAUUCGACCGUCCCCGUCUUGUAAUCCUGAUAUUUCUUGCUGCCUUUGCAGCUUGGUUCCUAUCCCCCGAGGAACCUUCGUCACUCUCGCAUUCAUACGCAGUUUGCUCCUCAUCAGGUGCUCGUAUUUACACUGUGGAUCAUGCCGUGCCAAACGCCCAGUGCCUUGUUGUGGAUGGGUCUUUAAUACUGGACAUUGGUUCAUUGGAUGAUAUUAUGGUACGUUGGGUUGCCAGAGGUCGCCUCCGCUCUUCUCUUCGAAUACGUUAUUUGGACAAAUCUUCGAUCGUGGUUCCGGGACUAAGCGAUUCACAUGCACACAUUCUCGAAUACGGUGCAAGUAAGCAACUUCUUCUUGAAAGUGCCAAGACGAUCAAAGAUACAGUUGCACUCGUCCGACAACAUAUUUUGGACAACAAUGACAUACUCAAUGACCCUUCAAAAAUUAUUGAAGGUUGGGGAUGGGACCACACUUCCUGGCCAGUGGAAGAAUGGCCAACCUCGGACGAUCUAGAUAUGGACCCGAUAAUCCGCGGCCGGCCAGUCAUCCUACAAAGCAAGGAUGGCCAUGCAUUGUGGCUCUCGAAGAAGACUUUUGCAUUGAACUCUCCAUGGCCAUCAGAAAUAGAAGGUGGUGUCAUUAUGAAAGAUUCAUCUGGCAAUCCAAGCGGUGUUAUUCUUGACAAAGCCCAAGACCUUUUACAGAAACCAGAUCCGACUGAACAGGACUUAUUGAGACGUUUCGACGCCACGGUCAAAGAUGUCUUGUCUCAUGGUUUAACCUCCGUCCAUGAUGCGGGGUUCAAGCCUAUUUCGCUCGAAUUUUUCACAAGACAGGCGGCGGCAGGAAAUCUUCCCUUUCGAAUUUAUGGGAUGAGAUAUUUCAAUGAAAACGAUCCUUACUGGGGAAAUCUCUCAGAACCUAUUAUCAAUGCGGGCGAUGGCAGGCUAAAUGCUCGCAGUGUCAAGAUCUUUGCUGACGGUAAGACGCAUAUCUUUGGCCGUGUUUGUGUCUUUCUUGAUGUCUCUCAGCUCCACGAGCCGUAUCAUGACAAUCCCCACACGAAGGGAUUCAUGCGUGUGGACCCCAAAGUCUUGACUGAUGUUGUACCCAAAUUUUUAAGAGACGGAUGGCAGGUUAACAUCCAUGCAAUUGGGGACUACGCCAACGGUGUGGUUCUGGACACAUUCGAGGCUGCCUUGAAGGACGUCGAUGUAACUGCACUCAGACCUCGCCUAGAACAUGCCCAAAUUCUGACGCAAAGUGACCUGGAACGUGUCGGGAAGCUUGGAGUAAUUUCAAGCAUUCAACCUACGCAUGCCAUCAGCGAUAUGUGGUUUGCGGAAGAACGUCUUGGUUCUGAGCGAGUAAAGGGUUUAUAUGCCUUCCGCUCCUUACUCGACCACGGCUCUCGGCUCGCCAUUGGCUCUGACUUCCCGGUGGAAGACAUGAACCCGCUCGCUGGGUUCCAUGCAGCCAUUACGAGACUAUCACCUGAAGGACAAUCGCCCAAUGGCCCGUCGGGAUGGUUUCCAGAACAACGGCUGACUCGCAUGGAAGCCUUGAGAGGCAUGACGAUCGAUGCUGCAUAUGCUUCAUUUAGCGAAGACAGCCUGGGUUCUCUUGUUCCAGGAAAACGGGCAGACUAUGUGGUGCUAUCACAAGACAUCAUGACUGUUCCUGUCGAUCAAAUUCUGAGCACCAAAGUUCAAGCCACGGUGAUCGAUGGGCGUGUCGCCUUUGGACAGGUUUAA